UCAGUGGCGUUCUGUGCGUGCCCGAGAGCGCGCAAUGUGAAAAUACUUUUGCCGGGCUGUCGUUAAAAUCUUAUCGAGUUUUCGAGUUUAGUUGUCAUAUCGUUGUCGAAUUUGUGGAUUUGCGGGAAUGUCCACUAUGUCUGCCGGCCAGGACUAUGAUCGGAAGUAUUUGCGCAGCAUGGGGGGCAUCUGCAAGAUCGCCUGCAUGCUGAGCAGCUUCAUCGGCUUCCUGUUCAUUCUGUGCGGACCGGUGCGAGUGAGCAACUUUCGGGGCAGUUUCUACUUGGUCGUGGCUGCGCUGGGCUUCACGGCCACACUUACGCUGCUGCUUGCCCGCUACCUGCGCCUAUGGCAACGGUACUUCAGUCGGUGCGAUGCAACGCUCUGGUCUCUCGGCGUCCACUCCACGCUGGCGGUGUCCUACUUUGUGGCCUCUGGGCUGGUGCUCUCUCUGGACAUUGGGGCCUAUACGGCGGCAGCGUUCUUCGGACUCACAGCGUUCAGCAUCAAUGGCCUGGAGGCCUAUGCCCACUAUCGACGCAGCCGUCUACGGGAUGUGGCCACCCAAACAGUGUAGGCACCGCCCUCCCCUCCGCUACGGAAAGCUUUGAUCACUCUCAGUUGGUACUUUAAGUCCGCUCUCAGUUACUCGAGUCUCACUGGCUGUCAGAAGAAGAGCCAACAAGGUGUGUUCAUGCAAGGUGGGGUACACUCGCUCUCCCUUCUUGUGUCGGUCCACAGGUGUGAGCUCGGGAAUGGGGAAUGCCUCACCUCACAAUAUGAAUACACUUUGAGGGCAAGAGUCAGUGCUAAUUUGUGCGCCACCCCGCUCUUUUGUUUGCCUUCAAGUCUGUUAGUUAAGUGUAAAAAAUUGAAGAUACAAACGUAAGACGCAUAUGUACAUACAUAUGUAUGUAUGCUGCUGCUGCCUGAACUGUUAUUCGAUUAUGUUAUCUAAUAGUCGUUAGUAUGUAGGUCAAAAAG